AUGGCUUCUCUGCAUCACAGUCCAUCUGUUCGUUCAAAUCCCCUCGAGGAUGAGAAGAAUGAGAAUGCCGUGGCAGAGAUGGUUGAAACUGUCCCCCAGAACCAGGAAAGUGUCGAGGAAGGUGCUUGGGCUUCAGCGAAAAAGAGCUCUACUAAAGUCAUUCUCUACAGCAUCGCCGCCUGCGUGAGCUCCAUGCUUUGGGGGUUUGACAUUGGCGUCAACUACAUAAGUGUGGCAUUGCCGGCAUUCAAGAUGGCCUUAUACUUCCUGGGAAUUUCUGAUCUACCGACCGCUCUUACUUUCCAGGCUUCGGUGCAGCUAUGUAUGCUUGGAAACAUUGUCUCAUGGUUCAUCAUGAAUUAUGUCGGGCGUCGACCGCUCCUUUUGACAGGCAUUUUACUGAACGGCCUUUGUCUGAUGUCUGUCGGUGUUCCCGGAUAUUUCACCACCAUGGCUGCCCUUUACUAUAUUGGAUACGUGAUGAACUUUGCCCAGCUUUUUUAUGCUCCCACCGUUGGAGCUGUAAGCUGGAUUAUCAGCGCAGAGGUGAGCUCGGUAAAGGCUCGAGCUAAAACGCAAAGUUGGGCAAUUGGAACCAACGCGUUAGUCAGCUGGGCCAUGAAUUUCAUUGUCCCUUACCUUAUCAACACCGACGAGGCCAAUCUCGGAGGCAAAGCUGCGUUUGUAUGGAUGGCUCUCGCUUUUGCGAGUCUGGUUUGGGCUUGGUUUGAGGUUCCCGAACUCAAGGAUCGGACUUUUGGUGAACUGGAUGAAAUUUUUGCUCAAUUGACACCCACAAGAAAGUUUAAGGAAGCGAUGGUGGACUCUAGCUCGAGCUCUAAAGAUGUUUCAUCUUAG